AGGGUGCAGGACCAGGCGGUGCUUUGUUCUGUUGUGCAUAGGGUCACUAUGAGUUGGAAUCUGCUCAGCAGCACCUAACGACAACAACAUUUCUGUAGUCUCAUAGCACAGCUAAUAUUAGAUGCUUAAAAAAAAGAAUAAACAGGGUUGUGAGUUAGUGAGGAAGACUGAGAUAGGGAUGCUGGUUGAUUUGCUCAGUGCCACAUGGAGAAGCUAACAUCAGAACCAUGGUUACUACUUUUACCCCUGUAGACUGUACUGCCUUGUGGUCAAGCCAUUUAAUUCAGAGUGAAAUUUUGGAGAGUAGUUUCUUAUGGCUGGGGUAGGGAUAGGAGGAAGUUUUGGAAGUUUGAGUCUUCGAACUGUUAUUACUCUUUGCCACUGUGAAGUCAGAUAUGGCUGUAAGGCAAUUGCGAAGGUAGAAAUAAGAUUAGCACACUUCCUGGUACAGUGGGCAGUAUGCAAUGAUUAUCUGAAAGUUUGCCAGGCUGUAGCCUGCCUAACAGUACACUUACCUGGCAGGUGCCCUUGUUUGCAGAGCAGUGCGAUCUAUAAUUAUAAUGCCUCUCAAGAUGUGGAGCUCUCCUUGCAGAUUGGCGACACGGUUCACAUUCUGGAGAUGUAUGAGGGUUGGUACAGAGGAUAUACCCUCCAAAAUAAAUCUAAAAAGGGUAUUUUCCCUGAAACAUACAUCCAUUUGAAAGCGGCAACUGUGGAAGACCGAGGGCAGAAUGAGACCGUGAUUCCAGGUGAGCUUCCACUGGUGCAGGAGCUCACUUCCACUCUGAGAGAAUGGGCCGUCAUCUGGCGCAAGCUCUAUGUGAACAACAAGGUCACACUCUUCCACCAGCUGCAGCAGAUGACUUACAGCCUGAUUGAGUGCCGGUCCCAGAUCCUGUCAGGAACGCUCCCCAAGGAUGAGCUGGCAGAGCUCAAGAAGAAGGUCACAGCCAAAAUUGAUCAUGGGAACAGGCACCGUCAAUCUCCAGUUAGCCCCUCAUUGAAAGUAAUUUUCUUUUUCUUUGCCAGUGAGAACUAUUUGAUUCGUUGGGGCAGUAACGGGAUGCCCAAGGAAAUAGAGAAGCUCAAUAAUCUUCAAGCAGUCUUUACUGACCUCAGCAGCAACGACCUCAUCCGUCCCCGCAUCAGCCUAGUGUGCCAGAUUGUCCGGGUGGGCCACAUGGAGCUGAAGGAAGGCAAAAAGCACACCUUUGGACUCCGAAGACCCUUUGGAGUAGCAGUGAUGGAUAUUACUGAUAUCAUACAUGGGAAGGUGGACGAUGAAGAAAAGCAGCAUUUUAUUCCCUUUCAGCACAUUGCAAUGGAAACCUACAUCCGACAGAGGCAGAUAAUCAUGUCGCCCUUGAUAACAUCCCAUGUGAUUGGGGAGAAUGAGCCACUCACUUCAAUCUUGAAUAAAGUGAUAGCAACAAAGGAAGUCAAUCACAAAGGACAAGGACUUUGGGUGUCCUUGAAGCUAUUGCCAGGUGACCUGACACAGGUUCAGAAGAAUUUUUCACACUUGGUUGACAGAUCAACAGCAAUAGCCCGAAAAAUGGGAUUUCCUGAAAUAAUACUGCCAGGAGAUGUUCGGAAUGAUAUCUAUGUCACCCUGAUCCAUGGAGAGUUUGACAAAGGGAAAAAGAAGACACCAAAGAAUGUAGAGGUGACCAUGUCUGUGUAUGAUGAGGAUGGCAAGCUCUUAGAGAAAGCAGUUCAUCCCGGGGCCGGAUACGAAGGCAUUUCAGAGUACAAGUCAGUGGUUUACUACCAAGUCAAGCAGCCCUGUUGGUAUGAGACUGUCAAGGUAUCCAUUGCUAUAGAAGAGGUCACACGCUGCCAUAUAAGAUUCACAUUCCGACACAGGUCAUCACAGGAAUCCAGAGAUAAAUCGGAGCGAGCAUUUGGGGUGGCCUUCGUGAAACUGAUGAACCCGGACGGCACCACUCUGCAGGAUGGGAGGCACGAUCUGGUGGUUUAUAAGGGUGACAACAAAAAAAUGGAAGAUGCUAAAUUCUACCUGACCCUGCCUGGCACCAAGGUGGAGAUGGAAGAAAAAGAGCUCCAGGCAUCCAAAAACCUGGCCAGCUUUACCCCAGCCAAGGAUAGCACAAAAGAUAGCUUUCAGAUUGCCACCCUCAUUUGCUCCACAAAGCUAACCCAGAACGGUAGGUGUGGUGACCACAUUGGCACCAGAAUGUGCUUUCUGCUUGACAGUGCGGUAUUUAUUAUUUCACUGAUAGGAGACAUCAAGUUCCAGCAUUUUAAUCCUGUACUUGAAACCUACAUAUACAAGCACUUCAGUGCCCCUUUGGCAUAUGUGAAACUCUCCAAGGUACUGAACUUUUAUGUGGCUAACGCAGACGACUCUAGCAAAACAGAAUUGCUUUUUGCUGCUUUGAAAGCCUUAAAAUACUUGUUUAGAUUCAUCAUUCAAUCUAGAGUACUCUACUUGAGGUUUUAUGGCCAAAGUGAAGAUGGAGAUGAAUUUAAUAACUCAAUCCGCAAGUUAUUUCUCUCUUUCAAUACGCUAAUGGACAGGCCUCUGGAGGAAGCUGUCAAGAUCAAGGGUGCAGCUUUGAAGUACCUUCCCAGUAUCAUUAAUGACGUCAAACUUGUGUUUGACCCUAUUGAGCUCAGUGUGCUCUUCUGCAAGUUCAUUCAAAGCAUUCCUGACAACCAGUUAGUUCGGCAGAAACUUAACUGCAUGACCAAGAUAGUAGAGAGUAAUAUCUUUCGGCAGUCAGAGUGCAGAGAUGUGCUGCUGCCACUGCUGACAGACCAGCUCAGCGGCCAGCUAGACGACAGCUCCAGUAAGCCUGACCAUGAGGCAAGCUCACAGCUUCUGAGCAGCAUCUUGGAAGUCCUGGACAGGAAGGAUGUGGGCCCCACCACGAUGCACAUACAGCUGAUCAUGGAGCGGCUGCUGAGAAGGAUCAACCGCACUGUGAUUGGGAUGAGCCGACAGUCUCCUCACGUUGGGAGUUUUGUUGCUUGUAUGAUUGCCAUCCUGCGGCAAAUGGAUGACAGCCACUACAGUCACUACAUCAGCACUUUCAAAACCAAACAAGACAUCAUUGUAAGUUGUCUUCAUUGGGUCCUUGUAACCUUCGUAUAUCAAGCAAAAGCACAUCUCCAACAAAAUAAGUCCAAGGAUCUCUUCCCCCCAACCUCCACUGCUAUGUGGCUGUCCACAGUGAUUAGGAAAAGAAUUAAUUUUGAACAGCUCUGGAACAAUUACUUCCAUUUGGCCGUAGCAUUUCUCACCCAUGAGUCCCUUCAGCUUGAAACCUUCUCUCAAGCCAAGCGCAACAAAAUUUUAAAAAAAUACGGGGACAUGAGAAAGGAAAUCGGCUUUAGAAUCCGGGACAUGUGGUAUAACCUGGGUCCCCACAAAAUCAAAUUCAUCCCAUCCAUGGUGGGUCCCAUUCUGGAGGUCACUCUGACCCCCGAAGUAGAGCUCCGAAAAGCCACAAUCCCCAUUUUCUUUGAUAUGAUGCAGUGUGAGUUCAAUUUCAGUGGAAAUGGCAAUUUCCAUAUGUUUGAGAAUGAAUUGAUUACAAAGCUGGACCAAGAGGUAGAAGGGGGCAAAGGAGAUGAACAAUACAAAGUUCUUCUGGAAAAACUGCUCCUGGAACAUUGCCGGAAACAUAAAUACCUCUCCAGCUCUGGAGAAGUCUUUGCUCUCCUGGUUAGCAGCCUCUUGGAGAAUCUGCUGGACUACAGAACCAUUGUCAUGCAUGACGAGAGCAAGGAAAACCGCAUGAGCUGUACUGUCAAUGUGCUGAAUUUUUACAAAGAGAAGAAGAGAGAGGACAUAUACAUAAGAUAUUUGUACAAGCUUCGGGAUUUACAUCGAGACUGUGAGAACUACACAGAAGCUGCUUACACGCUUCUCUUACAUGCUGAGCUUCUACAGUGGUCGGACAAACCCUGUGUACCCCAUUUGCUUCAGAGGGACAGUUACUAUGUUUAUACCCAGCAAGAGCUUAAAGAGAAGCUGUAUCAAGAAAUCAUAGCAUAUUUUGACAGAGGCAAAAUGUGGGAAAAGGCAAUCAAACUGAGCAAAGAGUUGGCUGAGACUUACGAGAGCAAAGUAUUUGACUACGAGGGCCUUGGCAAUCUCCUGAAAAAAAGAGCCUCGUUUUAUGAGAACAUCAUUAAGGCAAUGAGGCCUCAGCCUGAAUACUUUGCUGUUGGUUACUACGGACAGGGCUUUCCUUCCUUCCUGCGGAAUAAAAUCUUCAUCUACCGGGGGAAGGAGUAUGAGAGACGAGAAGACUUCAGCCUGAGGUUACUGACCCAGUUCCCCAGUGCCGAGAAGAUGACCAGCACCACGCCCCCUGGAGAUGACAUCAAGUCCUCCCCAAAACAGUACAUGCAGUGUUUUACCGUAAAGCCAGUGAUGAGCCUGCCGCCCAGCUACAAAGACAAGCCAGUUCCUGAGCAGAUCUUAAACUACUACAGAGCCAAUGAAGUGCAGCAGUUCAAAUAUUCCCGGCCAUUCCGGAAAGGAGAAAAGGAUCCAGACAAUGAAUUUGCUACCAUGUGGAUUGAAAGGACGACGUAUACGACUGCAUAUACCUUUCCUGGGAUUCUCAAGUGGUUUGAAGUCAAACAGAUUACAACAGUGAGUCAUUUGAAAUUGGAACUCAGAAGAAUCUUCCCUUCAGAAAUGAAACUGGCUAGAAUAAGCUAUUUUACAAAUGUAUUUUGCAGUACUCAGACUGCAUACUCUGUGCCCAGCAGGAGAAAUGCCCCAGGACUUGGUUGGAUUUGCCUUAUCUUUCAGCCCUUGCAUAGUCUAGGCCUGUUGUUAUCAUUAGUAUGUGUAUUUCUCUGGAUUACUGAUCCAGGUGAGUCCAAUUCACAAACCCUAAACUUAGAAGUAGCAUUCUCAUUGGAUAAUGCUCUGUCUGCCAGAUUACCUGUCCACCCCAGCGCCUACUCUUUCCCAACCUCCAAAUCUCAGUCAUCCCCCUUUCCCGAACAUAUUUCAUUCUUUUUAUGCUCUCCUUUCCAGAUGCCUCUGCUGACAGAAGGGAUCCGCAUCCAUGGGGAGAAACUGACAGAGCAGCUAAAGCCACUGCAUGAACGGUUGUCUUCUUGCUUCCAGGAACUCAAGGAGAAAGUAGAAAGGCUCUAUGGGGUUAUAACUCUGCCUCCCAACUUGACUGAGAGGAAGCAAGGCCGCACAGGGUCUCUUGUGCUACCCUACAUCAUGUCGUCCACUCUGCGGAGAUUGUCCAUCACCUCAGUGACUUCCUCUGUGGUUUCCACCUCUUCAACCUCAUCUGAUAAUGCACCUUCCAGACCUGGAUCUGAUGGGUCAAUCCUGGAGCCACUUUUUGAGCGCAGGGCUUCGUCAGGUGCCAGAGUUGAAGAUCUGCCUGUCAGAGAGGACGGCGAGAACCGGAUCAGCAAGUUCAAGAGAAAAGACUGGAACCUGAGCAAGUCCCAAGUCAUUGCAGAGAAAGCGCCAGAAGAUGAUCUAAUGAGCCCAUCCAAAAAAGCACAAAGGCCAAAGAGUCUCCAACUGGUGGACAGUCGGCUAACACCAUUUCAUGGUUCUUCACCUCCUCAGUCAACACCCUUGAGCCCACCACCACUCACUCCUAAAGCCACCAGGACCCUAAGCUCCCCAUCUUUACAGACAGAUGGUCUGAUGACGUCUACUCUCCCGCCUCCACCUCCCCCCAAAAGCAAGCCCUAUGAGAGCAGUCAGAGGAACUCGGCAGAGAUUGCUCCCCCACUACCUGUCCGAAGAGAAGCCAAAGCCCCACCUCCACCACCUCCAAAAGCUCGGAAAUCUGUCAUACCUUCUUCUGAGCCUGGAUCUCAAUAAGGAUCUUGUUCUCUCUGGAACUGAGUGCCUUUGACAGCUGAUACCUGAGAAUUGGCCUCCAGAGGCCAGGGUCCUCACUGCACGGGGCAGGCUCCCUGCUGACUGAUCUUUCUGAUCUGGGAUAAUGCUCACCAGCUCAAAGUCUGGGUUUUUUAUUUUGAGAGCUUCUCUUUGAUGAUGUGUAAGGCCAUGCCACAUCUCCUCCAGUCCACAUGGAAUUCCAGAAUUGGCCAUGCUCUGUGUGUUUCUCAAAGGAGAGAGCUCCUUCACUAUUAUUAACUUUUAACCUCCAGCGCAGAACCAAUGGGGACUACAAAAGCCUGGAUAGUUAUUCUGCAGUGGUGGUGAAGCUACCCCAUUAACCUACUCAUUGGAGGUAUUUCUUGCUUUGCUUCUGAAAAGCUAUGCUUGAGAUUUAGUUUCUUUUCUCACAUAGGCAUACUGUAUCCCAUAUAGCAUAUUGGAAGAGACUAAUAUCAAGUACAUUUGGAUAGCCAAAAUAAUAAUAUUGUUCUAAUGUCUACUGUGUCUCCUUUGAGGAAAAGAACACACAUUUUUAAUGGAGAUUGGCUGCUGUCGGUUAUGAAUGUCUAUCAUUAUUGAAAAAGCAUGGACUCAGACGUGGGCUCUGAGCUCUUGCAACCCACCCCCACUCACUUGUGACAUGGGAAGCUGCCCUCCUGGGAGUCCAUUACACUCCUGGGUAACAGCCCUCACUGCUCCCUUGUACUAAGGCUUCCUUUGGAGCUCUUCCAUUUGCACACACAGAGUCCUCUUGUUACCUCCUCUGAUCUCAAGUCGCUGGAUAUAAGGGACUUAGAAGCCUGGGUUCAAACACUUCUUUUCCAGAUCCCAUUUAGAUGCCUGGUGGCCCCAGUCUGCUUCCUGAUUGUACCCUGGAGGAUUCAGUGCAAUACUUCCCCUUAAUUAUUUAUUCCUCUUGAUGGUGGAAUUAAUUUGAUCACUUGUUAAUGGUACUAAUGUAAGUACUCCUUUCAGAAGAAAAAAAGGGGUGAUUUAGAUUUUAGAUGAUCAAAUAUUAUAUACACAUACAUAAACAGCCAUACAAAGUUAUAGACAUUUUGAGCUGGAAAGGCCUUAAAGGUCAUAAAAACAUUCAUUUUAUGGAUAAGGAAAUUGAGGCCAAAUAGAAACUUAUACUACAGGUUCUGACUAAUUGCCCAGCUUGCUGACAGGCUAUAGCAGAUAACACUUAGAUGGAGAAGACACCCCUGACAAGCUCUUUAAUACCUGUCCCUCCAAAAAACCAAAUCUGUUGCCCUUGAGUCGAUUCCAACUCAUAGUGACCCUAUAGAACAGAGUGGAACUGCGCCAUAGAGCUUCCACGGAGCAGCUGGUAGAUUCCAGCUGCCAACCUUUUGGUUAGCAGGUGAACACUUAACCACUGCACAACCAAGGCUCUGUCUAUCCAUAGUUGGAACAAUAUUUGAAAUGUCACAGAUAUUUCUAUAAUACUUGGGUAUUUAUGGUAAAGUUGAAUUUUUUUUUUUAACUGUGAAUCUCCUAAGUCAAAAUACAGAGAAACUCACCAGGAAUGUCUUCCACCGCUUGCCUAAUCCUCAGAGUAGAAGGAGCAGAGAAAGAGAUUUCAGAGGCUAAGUUGUCAGCAAUGAGAAUUUGGAUUUGCCUACCCAACUCUUUGUUUUUAUGCCUUGUUUCACCACCACCCCUUUUAGGAAAGACAUUCGAGCUCAUCGCAAGGAUCAGGGAACCAGAAACCUCUGAGACUUAUCUAGCAUUACUCAAGAAAUUAGUAUUCAUAUUCUAGAAGUGGUGUGGAAAGGCUUAUUCUUCACCCCCAUCACGAAAACCUACAAUGAAGUAUAAUGGAAAGAACAUGGGCUUUGGAAUUAAAUUUGUUUGAUUUCAAAUCCCAGCUAUGUCAUCUAUUAACUUGACAAAUUCACACACAUUGUUUGAAAUUCUCUGAGCUUUCAUUUCCUCACCUUUCAAAAUGGGGAUAAUAUCUCUCACACAGGUUGUCAAAUUGGUAGAUACUCCCAAAAUGUUCCUUUCUUUUCUCUGCUAGACCCGAGUAGGAUCUGGAACUCUCUGAGAGCAUUACAGAUACUCUUUUUUAUUUUCCCAAGGGAAACUGGAAGGUUGUGCAGGUUAACUCUGCACAUACAGGCCCUCUUCAGAAGAUGGCAUCUUUUGGAGCCUUUUAUGUAACUUUUGGCUAGGGACAAAAUGUUACAAGAAUUGAAGAGGGUUUUAAGUAGAAAGAACGCAAGCCCUGUAGAGAAAAAAGGAGGGAACAGAACGAAUAUGCAGGGCUUAUGUGGAACCUGGAGCAACUUCUGAGAAGCUGCCUGUCAGCAGUAUGCCUCACCCUGCUUUCAGGCUGUCAUUAGAAAGAUACAAACUGGGUCAUGAAAAACGCAAAACCUCUAGCCUUUCCUUUGAGAACAGUGGGAGUGAGCCCAUCCAUGCCUGAUCUCGGAGCAGAGUCUAUGGAAAUCUGAUACCUCAGGGCCCAGGUGCCUUCCCCUGUAUUAUAUAACAUUAUUCCAUAUGAUCCCCUUUCCACAUUAAUGGAAAUAAUAGUUUCACUCUUUCCUGAACCCAAAGAAUUCCAGGUAAUGUUGUGGAAUAAUAAAUCACAGAGGACUUUGGGAGGUUCACCUCGUUGGGAAGCCAUUGGGUAGGAGAGUAAUAUUUGACAAAACGUCAUAAAUAAUGUCUGUCCUGAAGUCGAAGAGGAAGACUACAAAAGAAAUGCCUUCUGAUUGAUGACACUAAAUAUAGGAGAAAUGAGAGGGAGAGAAAGGAGAAAGAACCCAGUCUUUACUUUUCCUUGCUAAAGAGUCUGUAAUGUUAUAAGAAUUGAAAUAAGCCCUAGAAUUAUCACAACCUCUAUGAAUAUUGGUUCUUUAUGUAGGUUUUUUUCUUUCUCUUUUUGAAAUCUUUUCUCUCUGUGUUGGUGACUUGUCUUGAUUUGAGGUUUGUUUUUUUUUUUUCCUCAAGAAUUAUUUCAUUCAAAUAUAUCAAGCUGUUAGUGAAUGCCAGACACUGUAUUAGACCCUCAGGAUGUGGCUGUUCCAUAUGUUCAAUGGAAACAGCCUCCGUAUACAAAGACAGUUCACUCUGGUUUGCUGUGGGAUUGCAACGUGAGUGAUAUGAAAUGAAACUAAAACCCACGUAAGCCUGGCGGGGCCGAGUGUUGGUCCCCCCUCUUGCACCUUCACCCUUUGACUCCCCAGUUGCAGUCAUUGUCUCCUAUUAAAAACUGAAAAAGGACUGACCCAACCAUACUGCAAAUCCCUAAGAUAAAGUAGGGUUUGAGAUAGCAGUCUGCCUUUGUUAACUCUUUCCAAGCUGCACAAGUCAUUCCCUUCUAGCUGCCCCAGAUCAUGGGACGAUUUCUUAUUUUAAAAUUGAGACAUAAUUUACAUACAAAAACCUGUUGCCAUCGAGUCAAUUCUGACUCAUAUGACCCUAUAGGACAGAAUAAAACUGCCCCAUAGAGUUUCCAAGGAGCAGCUGGUGGAUUCGAACGGCCAGCCUUUUGGUUAGCAGCCAAGUGCUUAACCACUGCGUCACCAGGGUUCCAACUUACAUGAGGUAAGGUACAAAAAUCUUAGGGGUACAGGAUGAAUUUUUACAUAUGUAUACACCCACGUCACCACCUCACAGAUGAAGACGUAGACUAUUUUCAGCACCACAGAAAGUUCCCUUGUGCCCAUGGUGCCGUUUUAUAAAAGAUAUUUAGAAGGCCCUUCGAAUUUGUGCCUUUGUUCUCCCUUCUCAGUUGUAAAAAAGAGAUGGGUGGAGGGAACCUCACCAUCAACACAGAACAAGACUAUAAAGACUAUACCUUUUGGCACGUCAAGGUGUAGCCCCUCGGUCUCUGUUUCCUCAUCUGUAAAAAAAAAUAUUUGAGGCUAGAUGAUUUUUGGAAUCCUUCCAGCCCUUGCUUGCUUUUACUCUAAGUGAAUGAAAAAGAGAAGGAGAGUCAGUAGGAAACUAAGUUUCUGUAUAAUGACUUUUAGAUCCACACACUAGAAUCUUUCUGCUUUUCAUCCCAGCUUGUUGCUUUGACCCUGGCAUACCCUGGGUCUUAAGAAAGAUCAAAAGAUCUAUGGGCAUUAAAAUUAUGAAUAUACCUGUUACAUCCAGGACACAUUGAAAUAUGUAUGACACCAGUUACCAUAUUUCUCUGCAACAACUUUAUAAACUAUCACUUUCAUGAUAGUCUUCAGCCUUCACUAGUCUGGCCACUGUAUCUAGACAUUCAGUUCAUGUUAAUAAUCAUAUCUCCCUUCCCCAUAUCAUUUCUGAAGUUGAUAAAUAUCACUUCCUUGGAAGCUUUCAGCUAUAUGUCUCGUUUUUAAAAUUACAUCAGAAACAGUAAGUUCCUCUUUGGGUGGGUUGAAGGUUGAACCUUUGGUUCUGAUCUACAAACAGAAAAAGUUUUCCAUUCAGGUUGAUUAUAUACUUAGAAUCCAACCAAAACUGAUCUCCAGUAGACCCUGCCCAAACUCAUCUAUUAUGUGUUGUGAGUUGUUCGUCCAAACUUCUUCAUAAGCUCCUUUGCCAUGAUUUUGUAAAUAGUUGGGUUUCAAACAUGACAGUUGGAAGAUACAUGCAUUGAAGUAGAAGAAUUUUUGUUCAGAUUUGCUGUUAUUUAUUUUUUAAAUUAAAAAUGAAAAUGUAUUUUAAAGUUUAUUGUGCAGUUUGUUUAUUACCUUUAUAUUAAUGAAAUGAAAUCACUCCUGAACUUUCUCGUUUUUCCUUGUGGACACCUUUAUGACCCAUCACACCCAGAGUUCUCGCCAGUUUCCUCCCUGUUAGUUUAAACUUGUACUGUGUGAAGUCAUGGAGUCAUCUUUGCCCAGAAGUAACGAAAACUAUAAACCAUCUGGUUCUUUUCCCUCCUUGCAUCCAUCCUUUUGGCAUCGGAACUGACUGGGUUUGAUAAUAGCAAUUCAUUUACUACACAUAGGUCCCAUUUCUUUGCUCAUUCACUGCAGAUAACUAGGCAGAGGUAAAGGAAGUUAGAGGCUAAAAGGAGUGUCUUAAUAAUUUACAUGGGAAGGAUGGGAAUGAUUCUCAAACUUGAACAUUAAUAUCACCUGGGGGGGAGGCCACACCCCAGACCAAUUAGAAUCUUGGGGGAGGGUGGGGGAGUGAAGAGUGGAAACCAGGCAUCAGGCAUCAGUAUUUCUUUUAAAUCUCCCCAGGUUACCCCAUUACUAGGCUAAGGUGGAGAACCACUGCCUUACAGGAAAUACAACUUUAGAAAAGUGGUGUUGAAGGCAGGUUUUGUAAAAUCCUUGUUGGUAGUGGGUCAGG